AUGGAUAGUGAUGAUGAUGUUCAAGUGAUUUAUGAUAGCUGCAGUAGUGGAGCAUGGGAAACAGCGCGAGAGAAUUUGAAGAAAAUUUGCAAAACGGAAGAAAGUGAUCCAACGUCAGUGCCUUCCACCACAUCUGCUUCAGAAAACACCAGAAAUCAUAGUGAGAACUACCAAAUAUGGCGUCAAGACGGUGAACGCGUAAUGGAUUCAUGCAUUGGUUCAUCUUCGAAAACUAUCGAAACUGAGGAUGAUGCUGUCACCUCCAAUUCUGACACGAGUGCCGUCCCUCCUUCCGUGAAGCUGGAAUUGAUUGAUAUCCUUGAUGGGGAGGAUGACACCUCAUCGGUUGAGUUGCUUGAGGAUGACAGUGAAUAUACCAUUGGUGCCGAAACGGCUCUCCAUAAAGAUCCAACUGACCAUGUAGAAUCUGAUGAAAUGAAGGCUAUUUUACCCAACGAGAAUAAUUUAUUAGAUCCCGCCAAGGAUGGAUACACAAGUGCGCGAAGCCGAACAUUGACUCUUUCCGAAACUUCUUCUGUUGAAAACAGGGACCAGUUCUUCAUGGAACUUCAGGGCACUAAUCGGACAUCGACUCCCUCCACAUCAUCUCAAAGAGCUGGUCCUUCUGGGCAGUCUCCAGUAAAGCCAUCUGCCACAAGAGUUUGGCGGGAACGAUGUCAAUCACCGAUGAGUACAUAUUCCACAGAUAGCGAAUACUCCGCGCAGCUUCCGUUUUUUAUGGGGACAUAUAGUACAAGGAGUGUUGCAAGCAGUUUUGUCAGAAAUGUUGACCGAAUGCGCAUUGAUGAGGAGAGCGAGUCCCGGGCCAGAACUCCGCAGCCAAUUUCCCUCGAUGAAGUUUCCUCCACUUCUGAUUUAUCCAAGAAGAAGAUGUCCGGUGUGCAAGGCGAGUUAGCUAUGGCAGCACGAUGGGCAGAGGAUCACGAUCUAGGGCUCGAUGAUGAAGACGAAUUUUUGGAAUGUGAAGAUGAGGACCGUCCUCCAAGUACACGCGAUGAGCAAAUCACCUCCACUGAAAGGAACAGACCAGAAGAGACAAGAAAAGGAAAGACUGCCAGCUCAAACAGAUAUCGAUGUAGGAGCCAUAAAAGAACAAAAUCUACACGUCAGCCAUCGGAUAGGGAUAAGGUGGAUCACAGAUCGGCUCCCAGGUCAGAACAAACUGCUGGAACAUCGACGGGAAAUGUGCGGAAAAGGAAUAGCUCGCCGAUUCAACGCCAACUUUCGUCGCCUCGUGAACGAGGUGAACAGAGAAAACGAUUCGCCUCCGAUCGCACGAGUGAGCGAAGAAGAGAUCAAACGCAAUCGCGCUCUCGUGAAUCGCCACCGCGUUCGAACCAAGCGCGGAGCCCUCCCACUGACCCGAAACGUUCCACUGCUUCUGCGAAGAAAGCCCAAAGUUUACCUCGUUAUGUACCCGCCGAUCGUAGAUAUGAUUUCACUCGUUGGAUUGACUCGAAAGGAGAUUUUGUUCUUCACAAAAUCAAAGAUGUAGCCACGGGACUGGUAUCAGCUCCAUUAGGCUGCACAUACGACUCAUCUUUGGAUACGUUUGUGUUUACUCGUCAUGACAGCAUCCUCUUUUCUACUAGUGAAGGCCGAAUUUUGGAUAGUCUAACUCUGAAAGGCUUCGACCAGCCUUGCGCCAUAUGCAUCCUUCGACCGGGAGCUGCUAUGGGGAUCCUAGAUCGCUCAAAUUUGUAUCUGUAUGAACCGAAGUUGAAACGUCUAAGUAUUGUGGCUGACGGACUUGGUGCUCGUCACCGCGCACUGUCAUACACUUGUAACGGUGACUUCAUAACAGUUAAAAAGCAUGGCUCACAACUGUCUGCCACAAUCUUUGAUGCAACUGAUUACAACAAGAUAAUUGGAAGUUUUGUUUUCCCACAAUCUGAUGGAGUGUCGGUUCUUCAUGAACAACGUCAGCCGUGCUUCGCUGAUACUACGGGAAAUCAGAUAUUUUUCACAGAUUUACGGACUAAUACUCUCACGUGUAUGGAAAUGGAAGGCAAUCGACUUGUAAAGGUCUACAGCCGGUGUAUGCAGCAAUCACCUACGCAUCGUGGAGAGGAAGCUCGAAAACGAUUUGUCUUCAUGAGUGGGAUUCGGUGUGACGACUCCGGACACUUACUCGUCGCUGAUGCGAAAAAUCGAACGCUGAAGCUACUCACAACAUCGGGCCAAAUAUUAAAAUGCGCCAAGUUUGCCAAUGGGGCCAGUUUCCCUUAUUGUUCGGCUUUCGGUGUCUCGCCAUCUGGCAUGCUCAUGGCGUGCGAUCGAGCCAAUAGCCGAAUGGUUUUGUUUCGUAUCGGAGAAGAGUCAGUAUCUGAAGACGCCGUGAUUACCGACGAUGUGUUUGAUCGGAUGAUGGGCGAAACCGGUGUGGAGAAUGAAGUACGCCGAUUGAAGGAGAGAGCUCGAAGGGCAGCAUGA